AUGGCCGCCGCCGCGUCCGCGCCGGCGGUGACGCUGUCGUCGCGAUGGCACGCGCGACCGCGUCCGCGCGACGCUCCCCAUCGCGCGCGCGCGCCGCUUCGUCCGACUCGCGCGACGGCGCCGCGGCCGUCGCGUCUCGUCGUUCGCUCGAGCGCGACCCGCGGAGGAGGCGCGACGACGACGCCGUCCCCGGCCGCCGCACUCCUGCCCGCCGCGCCGAUGACGCAGCUCGCCGCCGCGAUCGCGACGACGCCCGCGAAAUCAUCGCCGUGGCUGUCCACGUUCCUCCCCGGCGGAACCGGAUUCGCCGUCGCGGCGUCGCUCUUCGCCGCGAGCGCGCUCGCGGUCCUGACCGCGUGCGUCGCGGGCUUCCUCGUCGCCAUUCGAGAGAUGGUGCGCGCGUGUAGGGAAGCGACGAUCGCGUCUCGAGCGGUGUCCGAGUGCGCGCAGAGCAUCAACGUCGCGUGCGCGGCGCUGCAAGUCACGCUGACGACCGCGGACGACGUGCUGGACGGCGUCGCGGGCGCCACGAAAUCCACCGCGAGCGUCAUCGAGUCCGCGACGAGAGAGGUCGGCGUCUUACAACGCCGACUCACGGACCUCCCGAACACCGCGAGUCGCACGCUGAUGGAGGCGAUCACGCGGCAGUACGACGGCGACGCGAAGGCGAGUGGGGGGAAGGAGGGCGGGAAGGGCGUUCAAGGGAACGCGCGGGCGGGGGAGACGCGAAUCGAGAUCGGGAAAGUCAUCGCCGGCGAACGCGCGGGCGCGCGGUGGGUCAACGGCGCGCCCGGGUGCGGGUUCACGUUCUCGCGGGGGAAUAAGUUCAGGGUCGGGGAGUACUGCGCGGUGCCGCGGACGGAUAACUCGUACACCUGGGGGGUCAUCGAGCUGAACGAUUUAGAUUACUCCGCGGAGCUGAGCGAGGACGGGGAAGGGAUGAACUGCGAGUGGCCGCCCCCGUACCCUGACCGGUGCGAGCUUCCUUCCGCGGACGAGAGAGAUAUCAUGGCGUCGCAAGACGCGGCGGGGAACACUGGGAUUGGCGCGUGGUUCGACGACGCGAUCGUCAGCGCGUUAGGCGCGGAGAAGGCGGACAAAGUCGAAGGGUUCCUGCGCGUCGCCACCGGGUUGACGCCGAUCGAAGAGAGCGAAUACAAGGUCGUCGUGGAGCUGGAUAACUACGCGUACAGCUUCAAGAUCAUGAACGCGGGGGACCUGGGGAAGCGAAUAUUACCUUGAGGUAUCGCGGUCGCGCGAAUAGUAGCCUACAGAACGCUCUUAUUAACCUUAUUUCUCAAUCGAGAUCG